CGUUGAGGUUUUUAACAAGCUUUCUUUCACAAAAGCAAAAUCCCAACCCAGACAAUAAAAGUUUCAAUUAAAAUCCCCUUUCUCUCUCGAUGGUUUGCUGACAGACGAAAAAUUACUGGUGACCAACAUUUGCGAACUGGUUUACCUUGAAACUAGGAAUUCAUAUCAAUUUAAGGUUUUUAUCAGUUUAAGGUAAGAAGAGCAUGGAGGAUGAAGCAGUGAAGAAUUGGAGCGAGAAGGUGGAAGAUCUAGUAGAGUCUGGGGAUACAGAUGGUGCAAUAUCUCUCCUGACGUCUCUUGUUUCACAGCUGGAGACUGUAAAUUCAUCAGAUUCACAACCCCAGUUGGUCUCUGUCCUUUUUGAACUGGCCAAGCUUUACUCUUCCCUAGGCCUUUCUCUUAAAUCCGAUGAAAUUCGAUCUCAGGCUUCAACCAUCAAUCUUAGUCUUAUCUCCGGUGCCUCUGCUGAAACUUGCACAAAUGAAAAAAUUAGGGUUUGUGUUGACAACGAUAUGCCUGGAAGUAGCUCAACCAGAGAAGAGUCUACAAAUGAUGGGAUUUUGGAGUUAUGUGCAAAAUCUUCCACUGAUAAUGUUGCUGCCCAGGGGUCUUCAGAUGAUGACUGGGAAGCUAUAGCAGAUCGUGCACUAGAUGAGUUGCUCCCUCCACCAUGCUUGCCAGAGGUUUCAAAGCUUUUAUUGGAUGAGUCAGAGAUUAAGAAAAAGGUCCCAACUAGGCGUGGGAGAGGAACUUUCACAUAUAAAAAACAAGGAUUAUAUAGUGAUGAGCAAACACACGACCUUAUAGCAUGUGACACAUCAGAUGAGGUGGUUCAUGAUAAGACUGAAAAAGCUUCCGAAACAAGAAAAUUGUAUGGUACACAUCAUGUCCUUGUCUUGGAUGCAUUUCACCCAAGUACUACGACGAUAAAUUUGGAAAGACUUUUUGAAGAUUUCAGAGAUCGAGGGUUUUCUAUUCGUUGGGUUAAUGAUACACGUGCACUAGCUGUAUUUCGAAACCCAUCUAUAGCUCGUGAGGCGCUUAAUAGUGUUCGUUGUUCUUUUAAAGUUUACCUACUGGAGGAAGAUGACCCCGUAAUGAGCUCCAUUUCAAUCAAAGACUUGGAUCCACCUCGGCAGAGACCAAAGACGUCAGCUCGAACUGCUCAACGGCUCAUUGCUCAAGAAUUGGGAGUUAAGUUGCCUUCAAGCUUUGGAUCUAGAGAGUUGAGGAAGCAGGAAGAUGCUAGGAGGAACCGGAUUGUCACGAGGCAAGUUUUGAGGGAUGAAGCUUGGGGGCCAGACGAUAUCAAGUAAUACUGCUAAACUGCAAGAUCUAUCUGCUGGUUUGUUCAAGUAUCUUGUGUGUUUCGAUGUAUCCUGUUCCCUUGUUUUGAUCUAAUCAGUUGCAACUUUUAGCCGGCAUUUCAUAGGAAAUCGACAACUGUUAUGUGCUUCUUCAUAGAACUUGGCCUGUGUAAUGUUUCAAUUUACAUGUAUGGAGUCAGAUGAAAUAGGGGAGACUGGAAAAGAAUGGUGAUUCUCUUAUGGUAUCUAAAACAACAUUAUUUUAUGUUUGUGAACAGACUGUUUACAAGAUUAGUUUACCAAAUUUUGUUUUUGAGAAUAUAUAUUUUCCCGUUUUUUAUAUUUGUAUCAUGAAAAUUGUAAAGAAGUUACUAAACUUGUGAAGUAUUAUUUUAUGAGAUGUCUCUUCUCCGAAGAGACUAAACUUUUAUUAUAGGAAGAGUUGAUUUUAUAA